UUUCAGAUUCGACGAAGUACAAACGGCAUCAUGUCGCUGACAACAUACUUUUGUGCGGCUUUCCUGCUUGUUAGCAGUUCAUCUGCUGAGAUUUACGAUAAGUUAUGGUGGAACAACACUGUCCUCUAUCAGAUUUCUCCGAGAAGUAUGUAUGAUACCAAUGGUGAUGGCAUAGGCGAUCUGAAAGGAAUAACUUCAAAGUUACAUUACAUCGUGGACAGUGGCAACGACGUGAUCCGAUUGUCGCCCAUAUAUUCAGGUCCUAAGGACAAUUUUGGAAGCAGCAUAUCUAAUUUUACAAAAAUUGAUCCAAUUUUUGGUACAAUGGAUGAUUUCCAUUCUCUUUUGACGCAAGCUCAUAAACUCGACCUAAAAGUGAUUCUUGACAUUGUACCUAAUCAUUCGUCUGACGAGCACCCAUGGUUCCAAAAGGCUCUUCAAGGCGAUGAGAAAUAUAAGAAUUAUUAUAUGUUUGCAGAAGGUAAAAAUAAAGAUAACAUAACUCCGCCCAAUAAUUGGAUCAGUAAAUUCGAUGGCCCCGCAUGGACUUAUGUAGAUUCCCUAGGAGAAUUUUAUCUUCAUCAAUACGGUCCUGGACUGCCUGAUUUGAACUAUUCAAAUCCUGAAGUUUUAGAGGAGAUGACAAAUAUAUUAAAAUUCUGGUUGGAUACGGGAAUAGACGGAUUUAGCGUAUAUUCUGCCCCGUAUAUUUUUGAGGAUAAAGAAUUGCGGGAUGAGCCUAGAAGUUAUGUGACUGGUGCAACACCGCAAGAUUACUCUUAUUUGAAUCAUAUUUACACCAUGGAUCAAGAACGUACUCACGAACUAGUAAGAAAUUUGAGAACAGCCAUGGAUAAAUAUGUUGAUGAACGUAAUGGAGUGGAAAAGAUGUUGCUGAUUGAAGCGGAUACCAGUUUAUUACAUAUAAUAAAAUAUUAUGCCGAUUAUACGUUAUCUUUAAAUUUUGAUUUGAUUAAAAAUGUGACUGUUAAUUCGUCCGCGGAUGAUGUCAAAAAAGAAAUCGACCUGUUUAUAAACUCAUUGCCGAGUGGUGAAGUCCCCAAUUGGCUGUUGGGAAAUUAUGACAAUCCACGCGUAGCCUCGCGUUUUCCCGACAGAGUAGAUCAAAUGACCAUGUUGUCAAUGAUUUUGCCGGGCAUAGCAGUGACUUAUUACGGCGAUGAAAUCGGCAUGGUAGACAAUAACAAUAUAUCCUAUGCACAAACACAAGAUCCCGAAGCACGCAACGCGGGCAAAGAGCAUUAUGCGGCUGUAUCUCGCGAUCCAGAACGAACGCCAUUCCAAUGGAACGCUGAGAAGAACGCAGGUUUUAGUACGGCAGAUUCGACGUGGCUUCCGGUGAAUUCAAACUAUAAACAAUUGAACUUGAAGGAAGAGAUGGGUAUUAAGAAUUCGCAUUAUGAUAUCUACAAGAAUUUAGCCCAUUUGCACAGAAAGGAACCAGCACUUACCGAAGGAAGCUAUACAUCGUUCACCAUGAACGAUGGUGCAGUCCUAGGUGUAGUCAGAAACAGCGGUGAUCGUUACGUGCUGCUUCUGAUUAACUACAAGGAUGACAUUUCUCAAGACGUUGAUUUGUCAGAUCAUGAUCUUCCGGAAACACUGAAACUCAAGGUUGCUUGCUCGGGCUCUCAUUCUUCUCUAAAACAACAGGUUGACGUGAAGAAUAUACAUUUACCGGAGAAAGUCGCUGUAGUGUAUACAUCUUUUAACAUUCAAUGAAUAUACUAUUUUCAUAUCUAACCUUCGUACAUAUAAUAUUUGUAGUAGAGUAAACACUUUUUUUCGAUUGUGUACUUAUAAAUUACAAUAUAUCCUGCAAUGA